UGUGAGGCACCAUACCCUGCCUCAUAGAUAAAUAUGAGCGAAAUUGGUCGAAUAUUAUUCAAGUCGUUUUUAUUUUGUUAAAUCUGGUACAUUUUUAUCGUGUUUUUUUGCACCACCGCCUCAUCGCUUCUGCUUUUCCUCGCUGCUGCUGACAGACCUGCUCGCUCAUUGGACACAAAGGAAGGAGGUUCAAACACAGGAACUUGGAUUGCUCAAUGUGUUGUCUGCUGAGACAUCCAUCAUUGACAAAUAACGAUAAGAGGCACAUGAGAUGAGAAUCUGAGCGGCACACACACGAGGAGAAGCGAUUGGUCGAGAAAAGGUAAAAUAUCCUGCAUUACGUUUGUCUACGGUUCAAUAACUUUAUGCUAACAUAAGAAAUUAUUGAUACAUUUUUUUACACUUUUAGACAGGCCAAGCUUUUAAAGAGGUAGCGGGUUUGUGUUUACAAAUUAUGACUUGUUUUAGACCUGUAAUAUUAACACUUAGUUACAUAAUGCUUGUUCAGUAGUAACCAGCAUAACGAAAACUAUCUUUCGCUGUGUAUAUAUUCUAAUCUGUUCAUUGUCAUUGUGAAUUGAAAUGAACAAUGUUCAUUUGUUCACUCAAGGAUUCGGACAAUAUCCAUCAAAUCUUCUCCUGAAUGUCACAUCGUUGACUAAAUCUGUUUGACAGCUGCUCCAUUGUUGUGUAGUUCGCGAACGACUCGUUAAAAAAAAACGAAUCUUGUAAGUGAACGUACUGAACCGAGUUCGUUUCCCACUUCAGUUAAGUUGUCAGAAGCGCAGCUGCUAUAGCCAGGCAGGCAGCUGGCGAACGAGGGCCUGAAUGCACUGACUCCUGAAUCACUUGGUAAACAAAUCAUGCUUUGAACUACACCCUCUGGAAUCAACGUCAUCUCCUGGUUCCAAAAGUUAUGAAUUGAACUGAAUCCUGAACCGUUCAGCUGUGUAUCAGCUCAGGAGGUUGGAGUCGCAGGCUCCUCCCGCCAAACGCCGAAUGAUUUAGUGAUUUGGUGAAUGAAUCUUUUGAAUGAAUCUUUUUAGUGAACCGAUUCGAGUGAUUCAGUACAUCUAAAAGAACUGCCUUGCCCAUCACUCGGCUGAUCUUUUUUCUUUUUUUUACUGUUUUGUAGGGCUCUCUUUGUUACAAUGUGAUUGGCUGACGGACGUGUCAAUCGAGGUGUCCUUGCCGCCUACUUCCGCCCUGUUCCAGUGGCAGUUACUCAUCGAUUGUUAACAAUAUUAGAGCAUUCAUUACACUCUCACUUGCAGGUAUGUUUGAAUGAAUCGUGUUUUAAUGAUUUAUCAUUGUUUGUUUCGAUAUCAUUACCUUAUCUCUGUAGUUCAACCGCCACCUAAGGUUUUAAUUUAGUCCCAGCAGCGAAGUCAACGGUUAGCUCGCUAGUCUGGUAGCUUGCUAACUGUUAGCUGAGAGUCUUUGGGGAACAGAGUUUCCAAAAGAGAGACAGAGUGCUGCUGUUAUUGUGUCCUUUGCAUGCACUCUGUAAUACCAGGCUGUACGAAUGUGUAGCUUCUGUUUUGCGUGUUGUAACGAGUCGGUGGUAUUGCAUUGCAGGUGGUGUAGUUGGCAGCCUGUGAUGCUUGGAGAGAGAGGCUGGGCUGCAGGGACAGGCCAACGGUGGAAACAUGACUUCUGAGUAACAUCGAGUUACUUUUUCUGCUCACUAUGAACAGCGAGGAGGAGUUUUACGACGCGGAGACAGGUGAGGCAGACUUUAAAGAGUUUCAUUUAAAGCGUACAGACUUCAGAUAAUGACCUUUUCCUCCCCUCCUCCUCUUCUUGUCUUCACCAGGGCUGGAGUCAGAUGAUUCCUGUGAAGUCAGUUUCAAAGAUGCCCUGGUCUUUGACAAUACGCAGGUGACCGGUGGCAGCUCCACGCAGGAGAAUGGAGUGUGGGAGCGCAGGUGAGGAAUCCUGCACAAGCGUGGUAUGCAUGCAUGCAUGCAUUCAUGUAUGUGUGCAUGUUACCACAUGACCACACAAGUGUUUGGUGGGGGGGUUCAUCAUGCAUGCACUCACACGUAGACCCGGACAAAGCCAGUGCAACAGCAUUUUUAUUCCGAGCACCUCCUCUGCAGAGCGACUUGGAUCUGCUGUUGGAUCAGCUAGUCAACACGAACAUUUUUGAUCUUGAAGUCUCCUGUGUUUUGGUUUCGUACAUUGUGUUCUCUAAUGGCAGACUGACUGACUGUGCUGAGGAGCCAGAUAUACUGUGAUUCCUUUUUUAGUCAUCUUUUUUAAUCUUUCUUGGUCCAAAUGUGCACUAGGAAAACCCUACCUGCUGAUAUGAUCUCCAGGAACAAUUUCAGUGUUUGGAGUAUACUGAAGAAAUGCAUUGGCAUGGUAAGUCCUGCCUAAUCAAGCUGAAAGAUAACUCAUUUUCUAUGUGGCUUCGCAGACAAUUUAAUCUGAAUUUCUUACAUCAGAUUUGCUACCAAUGUACAGAAUGUUGUUCUGAUGUGAAGACUUCUUGUUUAAGUUUAAAAUCGCAUGUUUGUGUGGCAUGUUGCAAGUCUGCAAGCUUCUAUUGUUCUUGUUAAAACAUUAGUUAUGAUGCACACCUACUUUUUUCUAAACUUAUCUGACAAAAACUGGCAGGGAUAGUGUAAUUUUUUGCAGCCAUUUUUCAAAAUAACCAAGAAUAGCAAGGAUGACACCAGAAUUGAUUGACUGUAAAACAAGUUUUUGCCAUCCCCACCAUCAAAAAGCUGCACAGUUGUGUUACAUAACGCUGGAAUGAUGUGAUGCACAAGUUACCUGAGUGAGAGGUUUUGCAUAACUUUGUCCCAGUUUGAAUCUCACCUGUUGUCAUUUAUCUGCCCUGUCCUUAUGAUGAUUUCCUACUACAGGAGCUGUCUAAAAUAGCCAUGCCAGUUGUGUUCAAUGAGCCGCUGAGCUUUCUCCAGAGGAUCUCAGAGUACAUGGAGCAUACUCAACUCAUCCACAAAGCCUGCAGUUUGUCUGACUCAAUAGACCGCAUGCAGGUACCCGCAACUAUCACUCAGUAGUUCUGGUUUUGCAGGUUGUGAGUUUCUUAUAUUAGUACGAAUUCAUUGCAUUACUGUGUUGUGCUUUCUCUGCCCAGUUUACAGCCUAAAAAUCAAAUGUAUUCACUUUUACUCUCACAGAAGACUAAGGAAGUCCGCUUAAAGUAACAGUUAUAAGGCUCUUAAGUAGUCGGACCAGAGAGUGUGUGGUGAUUUACCUCUUAAAGUUUCCAAACUUUACAUUUUCUGUCUUCAUUUCUCUGUGACAGGUUGUUGCUGCAUUUGCUGUGUCGGCCGUCGCAUCUCAAUGGGAAAGAACUGGAAAGCCGUUUAAUCCUUUAUUGGGGGAAACAUAUGAACUUACAAGGUAUUGGAAGGGACUCCUUUAACUGCAUCAAAUAGUUUUGUUUGUUUGUUUGGUAGUUAAUAUAAUUUGUUGUGUGGUUUUUGUUUUAAAGGGAGGAUGAGGGAUACAGAUUGAUCUCAGAGCAGGUGAGCCACCACCCCCCUGUCAGUGCCUUCCACGCUCAGUCUCUGAAGCAGGAGUUUGAGUUUCACGGCACCAUCUACCCAAAACUCAAGUUCUGGGGCAAAAGUGUGGAAGCAGAGCCCAGAGGCACUAUGACGCUAGAGCUACUGAAGUGAGUAAUUUAUGAAGACAUCUGUGAGUUUUCAUGUCUUUGUGGUUUCUUAAACUGGAAGUUAAUCUUGAGGUUAUUCAGAUUUUUACACCACAGCUGUUUAUGAACUUCACUCUGAAGAUGUGUCAGUUAGAGUGGUUAUGAAGCGAAGCAGCUCUAAAUAGAUUUAACACUUGUUUUGUUGCAGAGCACGAGAUGAUAGUCUUGUAAUUUCCUGUUACAGAAAGACUACAAUAAUGACCUGACUUUGUCCUUUAACCCGUUGGGGUUUUCUUACAGACAUAAAGAGGCGUACACCUGGACAAACCCUUUGUGUUGUGUCCAUAAUAUCAUUCUGGGAAAACUCUGGAUUGAGCAAUAUGGAACUGUGGAAAUCGUCAACCACAGGUAUGAUAACAAAUAACUCCUAGCAGGUUUUGACCUGGUUCGAAAUGCCGUUACUGAUUGACAGUUCUUUUGCAUUAUCUCCAUCAGUACGGGAGAUAAGUGCGUGCUGAACUUCAAACCGUGUGGCAUGUUUGGGAAAGAGCUGCACAGAGUAGAAGGCUACAUCCAAGACAAAAAGUAAGAGCGGGAGCGUGACAGCGAUGUGAAUAUACAGGGAUGUGAUUUGUUUUCUCUCACCUGAUUUUGUUGUCUCUUUGUGAACCAGUAAGAAGAAGCGGCGAGUCAUCUACGGGAAGUGGACGGAGUGCAUGUACAGCGUGGACCCCAAGUUUUACGAUACGAACAGGAAGUCAGACAAGAAGAACGGGGCGGACUCUAAAAAGCUGAAACAGGUGAUUGAUGAUCAGAAACUGCUCUGACAGAAAAUGCUGCUCAGUCUGUUUUUUCUUUCUCGUUUCAUUUGUCUUUGAGAUGUUUCUCUGUCAUACUACCUGAAGUAAUCUGUGAUCUCUCCUCCUCACUCUAAAUUCUUGUCUGAAACGGUAUCUUUUCCUUUCACGAUAACAUGCAGUGGCUUUAGUAGAAGGUAAGGUAAAAGUGUAUUUAAUAUCUGUAGUGUGCUGCUGCUGUUGUCGAGUUCCAGUUAUGUUCAAAGUGUAGUGUAUGAUUAGAUCAUUGCCAGCACAGAUCCAUUAUGUCUUGCAAUGACAUGCAUUGUUGCUUGAGAGACGUCUUGAAUUUGUGGCGACUGUAGUUCUGUGAGUCACCUGUUUGUACCAUGCCUACUGCAAGCUUCACUUAGUUUGUCCCUGCCUAAUCACAGUAUUUAUCUGUGUGUUAUUCUGUGCGUGUCUUUGCGUAGGAACAAAGUUGUGAAGGCGAGGAGGCAGAUGAGAUGCCAGAUGUUCAAGAGACUGUGACUGUGAUACCCGGAAGUGCCUUACUGUGGAGGGUGACGCCGCGGCCUGCUCACUCCGUAAAGGUCGGUGUCGUUCACGCAGACAUCAUCCCGCACAGUUGAAAUCCAGCAGUAAAGUUAACAGAUUUUAAAGAUGUUAGUUUAACCAGCAUGUAUUGCGUUUCCUUGUGUGCAGAUGUAUAACUUUACCAGCUUUGCCAUGACACUAAAUGAGCUGGAGCCCGGCAUGGAGAGACUCCUGGCGCCGACAGACUGCCGACUGAGGCCGGACAUCAGAGCCAUGGAAAACGGGGACAUAGGUGAUUAAAGCCAUUUGGGUCAUUUCCUAAAAGAGAGAGGGAGAGAAAAAAGAAGCUAAAACUUCAUUCCCCCAAAAAUAAUACAAAACUGCGAGUGUAAAGAGCGCCGUCUUACCUAAGACUGUUGUUUUGUAGACACAGCAAACACAGAGAAAGAGCGAUUAGAGGAAAAACAAAGGGCUUCAAGAAGGGAACGAAGCAAGGACAAGGAGGAGUGGGCAACCAGGUAUGUCGCUCUUGUUUUUGAAAAUGUUUUUUUUUAAUUACAUUUUAAUAUUAAAGUUUUGUUUUUCUUGCUUUAUUUGCGUUAAAACCUCUUCCACACUCCUACAAAGAUACUUGAAUUCUAUCAAAAAUUUAUUGUAUGUUAGAAAUGUACGAAGGCAGCUUCUUGGAUCAUAUCACUGUUUACUGGACUUCACAUCACCCUUACUGUGUAAUUAUUCUGCUGCGCUGCUGUUAUAAUUAGAUCCCUCAUGUCUCACGUCUAUGCAGGUGGUUUCAGCAGGGAACAAACCCUCAUACGGGAGCUGAAGACUGGCUGUACACAGGUGGAUACUUUGACAGAAAUUACACUGACUGUCCCAACAUUUAUUGACACGAGAGGUGCUUAGAGUGACGACUUCCUCUCUGAUAGGAUUCACUUUACUCCUAAGCAUCUUAAGUUUUGUGUCUGUGACGCUCACUGGUACUGUCUUUGUGUGAAUCGAUGAAAACUGAUAUCAGAGUGUUAUCAGACAAUUUGUUAGAAUGUGACUGUGAAUUCACAGAGAGACAAAGUUAUAUAAAGGAGAAUUUUUAGAGUUUACUUCAUGUAAAUGUUGACAUCAAACAUCCUCAUCUUUAUAGGCCCUAAUCUUAAUAAUAGUCCAUAUGUGUAACUCACCUGUUGAGAGUGUAAAAACUGCAGGACACACAGCUCUGACUUUUUAAAGGAUGAUUUAGUUCAGGUAUUAGACCAUAAUCUCACCUGUAGAUGCUCCACACACUUCUGUCCUGUUGCAUUUGAAUAUCAGGGGUUAUUUAAACACAUCUGUUACUUUUAUACACAAACAUAUAAACAAACUUUUUGAAUUCUAGAUGUUAUUUCAGUUCGCUGUACACAUCCCUCGUAAAGGUCGCAACUGUGAGAGUUUUCUGUGAAUAGAGGCUUACAGUGAAAACACAAGCUGCUUUUUUAUCAUGUUUACUCGCAGAGUGGACAGAUAUUAUUGGUACAUUGUAUUGUUGUACGCUGUAACAUAGAUAUUGUGUAUAAUAAUUGGUGCAUGCAUGCUCACCAAGAGGAUUAUCAACACAAAUUAAAGCCAUAAAACCUUUUGUGCACUAAAUAAGAUAGUGUAAAAGCAUUCACAUUUCAAGCAAAGGGACACAAACCGAUUGCUAAAUAAAAAGCAGGAGGUUUCUCACUUCAUAAUGAUGAUGGGACAUACUGAGCCUUAACAAAACAACAUUAAUGUGAUGAUUCUGAUUUUAUCACUAGCUGAGGCAGAAACAUGCUCUAAGUUUUGAAUGACACGUCCAUCAUUUGGAUUCUGUAAACAGGAAGUAAAAUGUUGCCAUGAGUCGAUUAGCUUGUUUGUUAGCUAUGAUCUGCCACUUGAGCCGUGUUUGUUUUUUGAGCCUGUGUUUGAUAAAACUUAUCCUAAUUGGCAGCAUUAAACGAAUGCCAAAUUAGCUACUUUAAGUUCCUGUUGGUAAUGUGCCAACAGAUGUAUAACUAACUUUCACUGAAUAACUUUUAUACUCAAUAAUGUUUAAAUACAUGUUUUUUUUUUGGUAAGUUAUGGAGCAUCUAUAGCAGGAGUUAUUUGGCUGAUUAUUUUGGACGUUUACUUGUAAUAGACUGAUAUUCCCAGGAUGUGCUGUUGGAAAACCUUUGGUCUAAAAAAAGUGCUUUGUCAUAUGACUCCUGAAGUUUGUCCUCAAGCAUUUGUAAGUUACUCAGAGUUCACUGACUGAUACCCUGACUUCACAUUUCCAUCAGUCAGCGCCACAAACAUCACAUUACAUUUGAUAUUGUCGCCAUUAUGAACCUAUGCAAACUGCUCCACCUAGACUGCCCUCCUGAAAUGUGACAAAAGCUUCACUCCUCCUUAUCUUCAAACACUAGAGAAGCAGCAGCCAAUGAAUGUUGUGCGCUGAUAAUAUAACGCUUACACAGUUAACAUAGCAUCUUUACUCAUACAGUGCGAUUGUUAGAUGGUCUAGACAUGCUCCUCUUUGUUUCCACACACUAGCCUUUUACAUAAACUGCACAUCUGAAAGCUCACGGUCAAACGCAUUUACUGUAUUGUGAAAUAUCCUGUCAUGUCUUCUUCUUGCUGCUCUCAACUUGACUCUGAAUUUGAAGCACUUUGUGAGGCCUGCAGACACUCAGGGCUGCAGGUUCAGUCUCUCGGUCUCGUACUCUUCACUUUCAUGCUGUUUGGCAUCUGUUUGAAAAUGUUUACAUGGUUUUUUGCAUUUAUCUUCUGUGUUUUUCCUCUUCAGACAGUUAUCCACACAGACAUAUGCAUCCAUGGCAUAUUUGAGAAAUAAAUUAUGGACUAUUGAAAUGACC